AUGUCGCUCAAUCGCUGGGCCACCCAGAAAGCUCCCCGCCAGUCUUCCGAGUUCAACUGGGCCACCGACAAAGAUGACGGCAUCGUCAAGGAUUUACCCAAGGCUAGAAUCCUGCUCUACAUGCACGAAUCGGUCUGGUUUGGUGACUACAAGGUCAAGCAGUCCAUGAAUAACGUCACCCACACCAUCUUGACAUGCUUGAAAGCCAAGAGAAUGACCUGCAGAAACCGGCCUAUUGUGCUUACUGCACACAGCUUGGGAGGUCUGAUCAUCGCGAAGGCAGUAGCUUAUGCUGAUACGGGCCGCGAGCUGUACCCCGUCAUGUUUGAAGCCAUUUCCGCCGUCAUCUUCUUCGGAACUCCUCUCAAGGAUGCUACCAUUGCUUCUACCGCUGUCAUGUUCUCUCCCCUCGCCGAGAAAUAUCAGACCUUUGGUGCAGUAGCCUCCAAGUCGUUGGAAGACAUGACUCUGAGAAACAGUUAUCUCAAGGCUGUCCUAAAAGAGUUUGCCACCUUGGUUACCAAGCUCUCUCCCAAGAUCCACGUCUUCUGCUCUUACGAAGAGCAACCGAUCAACCUCGCCGAAAUGGUACCCCUGCUCAAAUUUGCCAGUUUCGUUUUUCCUCAAGGAUCAAAGAUUUUGUCACCGAAGAGUCAGCAACGCUUGAUGGCUACGAGGAACUAG